UCCGGGGCGGUGGGCGAUCGUUAGUGCCGUUGUCCGAGCGCCGCCGCCAUGAACCGCUUCUUCGGCAAGGCGAAGCCCAAGGCGCCCCCACCGAGUCUCACCGACUGCAUCGGCACGGUGGAUAGCAGAGCUGAGUCAAUUGACAAGAAAAUUGCAAGGCUUGAUGCAGAGCUGGUGAAAUAUAAGGAUCAAAUGAAGAAAAUGAGAGAGGGGCCAGCAAAGAACACAGUAAAGCAGAAAGCUUUGAGAGUGUUAAAGCAGAAGCGAAUGUAUGAACAACAGAGGGAUAAUCUAUCACAACAAUCUUUUAAUAUGGAACAAGCUAAUUACACUAUUCAGGCACUCAAGGAUACAAAGACAACGGUUGAUGCAAUGAAACUGGGAGUGAAAGAAAUGAAGAAAGCUUACAAGCAAGUCAAAAUUGAUCAAAUCGAGGACAUACAAGAUCAGUUGGAAGAUAUGAUGGAAGAAGCCAAUGAAGUCCAGGAAGCGCUGAGCCGAAGCUAUGGAACACCAGAGAUUGAUGAGGACGACUUGGAAGCAGAACUGGAUGCACUAGGUGAUGAAAUUUUAGCUGAUGAAGACAAUUCCUACUUAGAUGAAGCCGCAUCUGCUCCAGCAAUCCCAGAAGGAACUCCUACCGAUACAAAAAACAAAGAUGGUGUAUUGGUGGAUGAAUUUGGAUUGCCCAAGAUUCCUGCCACAUAAAUGUUUCAAAAGCACAGUGGAUAUGGCGAACUACAUUUUACAAAUCAAAUUACAAGAUUUUUUUAAAAAAAAGAUCUGGAGAACUUGCCCUUCCAGUGUAACCUUAAUAUCACUACAUCAUAGUAUGCAAUAUGAAUGGCUGCUGGUGUUUCCUUUCUUUGAAGAAAGUUGUUCUACUACUGACUUUUCUAUUAAUGGAGAACUUGGCACAAUUUCCUUCGGUGGAAGCAGUCUAAUAGGUUUUGAUUUCCUGUGUCUUAUCGACAAAGUAAUACGUGAAGAGUAAAGGUGACUGUUUAUAGCUGAGCUCUGUUUGAUUUUGUAUUAUGGUUCUCUUUCUUGAAAUUGAGACUGUAUGUUGCUGCUUCCUGUCUGUAAAAUAGCUUCCUUGUUUCUAUGCUUAUUUGAUAAAGAACUAGAUGCAUUUAAAACAAAUUCAAUCUUGAGACUUUUGUGCUAUUGUAUUGUAACCUUCUUAAUAAAUGUAACGGAUGAUAGGGUUAUCAUUAACUUUAUGUAUGCCAUUGUAACAUAAAAUCAUUUAGAGUAGC